UCCUCUGUAAACUUUGAAAACAGAGGAAGGUAGAAGGUAGGAGGGGAGAAAGUAAAAGAGUAAAAGAGAGAAAAAAGAAAUAAGAAAAAUGAAGAAUGGAAUCUGAACAACUUUUGCUUCCCUUCCACUGAGUCCGCAAUGAGCCUUCAAUGAUAUACCCAAAUCUGCUCUACCAAUUUCUCUGUUACCAUUAAUGGCAGGUUCAGCUGCUCUGGCUUUAGAGCCCAACGCAGACGUAUUUCCAUGGCUGAAAUCUCUGCCUCUUGCUCCAGAGUACCAUCCUACUUUGGCUGAGUUCCAAGAUCCAAUUGCAUACAUUUUUAAGAUCGAGAAGGAGGCCUCCAAGUAUGGAAUCUGCAAAAUCGUGCCCCCCGUGCCGCCUUCUCCGAAGAAGACUGCAAUUGCGAAUCUUUAUCGCUCUCUGGCUGCCCGAGCUGCUUCCUCUGACUCUUUUGGUUCGAAAGCUCAGCCUACAUUCACCACAAGGCAGCAGCAGAUCGGCUUCUGCCCUCGCAGACCACGGCCCGUGCAGCGUCCUGUUUGGGAAAGUGGCGAGUACUACACAUUUCAGGAAUUCGAAGCCAAGGCCAAGGCUUUUGAGAAGAGCUACCUGAAAAAAUGUGCAAAGAAGGCUGGGCUUUCGCCUCUGGAAAUAGAAACGCUUUAUUGGAAGGCGACAGUAGAUAAACCCUUCUCAGUUGAGUAUGCAAACGACAUACCUGGUUCUGCUUUUGUUCCCCUGACUGGGAGGAAAUGCAGAGAGACAGGGGAGAGUGUUAGCGUUGGCGACACUGCAUGGAACAUGAGAGGUGUGUCAAGGGCAAAUCGCUCUUUGUUGAGAUUCAUGAAGGAGGAGAUUCCUGGAGUCACAUCGCCAAUGGUGUAUGUGGCUAUGUUGUUCAGCUGGUUUGCUUGGCACGUUGAGGAUCAUGACUUGCAUAGCUUGAAUUACCUACACAUGGGGUCAGGCAAGACGUGGUAUGGCGUGCCAAGGGAUGCAGCAGUGGCAUUUGAGGAAGUGGUCAGAGUUGAUGGUUAUGGAGGAGAAAUAAACCCUCUUGUGACUUUUUCUACUAUUGGUGAGAAAACCACAGUGAUAUCACCUGAAGUAUUUAUUAGUGCUGGGGUUCCGUGCUGCAGGUUAGUGCAAAAUGCUGGAGAAUUUGUUGUCACGUUUCCAAGAGCCUAUCAUACCGGGUUUAGUCAUGGAUUUAAUUGUGGGGAGGCAGCUAACAUUGCAACACCUGAGUGGUUGAGGGUUGCGAAAGAUGCUGCUAUUCGGAGGGCAUCAAUAAACUAUCCUCCCAUGGUUUCACAUUUCCAAUUACUUUAUGACCUUGCUCUAGCUUUGUGUACUAGAAUUCCUGAAAGGAUCAGUCCCGAGCCACGGAGUUCUCGACUUAAAGAUAAGAGGAAGGGUGAAGGAGAAACUGUAAUUAAAGAAUUAUUUAUCCAGGAUGUGCUGCAAAAUAAUGAGCUGCUUCAUGUGCUUGGGAAAGGAUCUGCGGUAGUAAUUCUUCCUCAGAGCUCUUCAGACAUUUCUGUUUGCUCAAAAUUACGUGUUGGAUCCCAGCAACUGAAAGUGAACCCUCGGUAUACCUUGAGUACAUGCAAAUCUGAAGGAGUAAACUCCUCGAUAGGUUUUGUUUCUGAUGACCUGGCUUACAACAGUAAUCAUGGAAUCAAACAAGCCAAAGGUUUCUAUUCAGUAAAAGAAAAGUUUGCUUCAUUGUGGGAAAGGAUUAGGAUUUCCUCGUUAAGUGUAAAUGAUAACACAUGCACCUCAACUUCGAAGACACUGCAAAGAGACACUGAAAAAGAAACAGAUCAAAGAGAUGGCUUGUCAGAUCAGAGACUCUUUUCAUGUGUCACAUGUGGAAUGUUAAGCUUUGCCUGUGUUGCUAUUGUAAAGCCUAGAGAACCAGCUGCUAGAUACCUUAUGUCAGCUGAUUGUAGCUUCUUUAAUGAUUGGGGUGUUGGAUCUGGAGUAACUAGCAAUAAAUUUACCGUUGCCAAUGGAGAUGCAACAAUUUCUUCACAGAGCACCCUCACAGGAUGGACAGAAAAGAAUGCCCAAAGUGGUGUAUUUGGUGUUCCCGUCCAGCUUGAACACCACAUGCAGUUUGCAGGUCAAGACUUGAAGGAGGCUUCAAAUACUGGAAAACAAAAGGAAACUACAGCUCUUGGCUUACUGGCUUCCGCAUAUGGAAAUUCUUCUGACUCUGAGGAAGAGCAGAUUGACCCAAAUAUUGGAUGUGAUGAUGAAGAAUCAAAUGUUAUAAACUAUGCCUCUGGAAGUAGACCUCAAGAGGAGAAUUUUAGUUUGCCCCGCGGGAGUCAUCAGACUUUUGAUUACUCUGUUAAGAUGAAAGAUUAUAGUGUCACCUCAGGGGUUGCAUUUAGAAGUACAAGGGCAUUGCCUCAUUCCUACUUGAAUUGUUCCCAUGAUGUUCAAGAUGCUGAAACUUUGAUGUGCAAGGCUACAGUUCCCAUUGAUAAUAAAAAUGUUCCACUUGUGCCACAAUCUGAUGAAGACUCGUCUAGAAUGCAUAUCUUCUGUCUAGAGCAUGCUGCAGAAGUCGAACAGCAACUUCAUCCAAUAGGGGGAUCACACAUAUUACUCCUUUGUCAUCCAGAUUAUCCCAAGAUAGAGGCCGAAGCAAAGCUUAUGGCCGAAGAACUGGGGAAUGAUUAUGCUUGGAAGGAUAUUGAAUACAGGCAUGCUACUGAAGAGGAUGAGGAGAGGAUUGAAGCAUCACUAGAUAGUGAGGAAGCUGUUCCUGGUAAUGGAGACUGGGCUGUAAAACUGGGAAUCAAUCUCUUUUUUAGUGCCAGUCUUAGCCGCUCUCCUUUGUAUAGUAAGCAGAUGCCUUACAAUUCUGUUAUAUAUAAUGCAUUUGGCUGUAGCUCUCCAGCAAACUCAGCUACAGAGCCCAAGGUUUAUCAGAGGAGGGCCAACAAGCAGAAGAAGGUAGUUGCUGGGAAAUGGUGUGGCAAAGUUUGGAUGUCCAAUCAGGUCCAUCCUCUUUUAGCAAAAAUAGACUUUCAAGAUGGAGAGGAUGAAAAAGGAUCACAUGGGUGUUCAUUACCCAAUGAGAAAAUUGAGAGGUCAGAAAGUAGCCGCAGAAACAAUACUACCAAUAGAAAAUCCGUUAAGAAAAGGAAAAUGACUGUAGAAGACAGAGGAGCCAGGAAAGCUGUUUUUGCUGAGAGACAGGGGUUUUCAGAUAAUUCACCUGAAGACAAAACCAACCCACGGCAAAGGAAGAUGUUUAGAAAUAAGCAAGCCAAAUAUAUUGUAGGAGAUGGUGAUGCUUUGGAAGGGGAUUAUUCUACACUGGCACGUCAUGGAAAACAUACAAGUAACAAAACAAAAUGCAUUGAAAGUAGUAUGGUUUCAGAUGAUUCGCUGGAUGAUAAUUCUCAUAUGCAGCAUAAGAGAAAUGUUGUCAAUGAACCUAAAUUUUAUGAUGAUGAUGUGGUUUCACAAGAUAAAAUGGAAUAUGAUUCUGACUGGCAGCAGAGGGGUGAAUCUAGCAGCAAGCGAGUUGAAGAUGUAGGGAGAGAUGGAAUUUCAGAGGAUUCAUUGGAUGGUUGUUCUCUUCAGCUGCAUAGGAAGACUUGUAAACGCAAGCAAGCCAAAUACAUAGCUGAAGAAGAUAUAACUUCCGAUGGUCAAAUGGAGAAUUUUCAGAAGCGGCGGUUCAGUAUUUCCAAAAGCAGACAAACCAAAUGCUUUUCUGGGGAAGAUUUAUCAACAUCUGAUGACCAACAACAGUGUCACACUCAGAAGCAACAACAAAGGAUUCCCAAAAGCAGGCAUGCCAGGUACCUUGGUAAAAAGGAUACUAUAUCUAAUGACCGACUUGAAAAUAUUUUUCUGAAGUAUCAAAGAAGGACUUCUAAAAGCAGGCAAACAAAAUGCCUAAUUAAGGAAGAUGCAUUGUCUGAUGACCAUUUAGAGCAUCAAUCUCAGAAGAAGCAUAAAAGUACUCCUAGGAGCAAGCAAAAGAAAUGCAUUAAUAGAGAAGUUUUGGAUGUCUCCAUUGAAAAUCAUCGUUUUCUGCAAAACACACCUAAAAGGAAGCAAGUUAAAUGCAUGGAUGGAGAUGACAGUAAUUUGGACUAUCAAGUGGAGGGGGAUUCUCACCAGCAGCAGAGGAGGCUUCUUCGAAGUAAUCAACUCAAAUCAGAGACAGUGAGGCAAAUUAAACAUGCUAAACCUCGCAGUGUGAAAAAGCAGACAUCCCAGUCUGUAAAACACAGUGCUCGGCUGCUUGUUAAAGCCAAGGCUUCUCAGCAAAUGAAGCAGUGUCCACGUGUGCGGAAUAAUCAAUCCAAUAACUACAGAGAGUUUAGUUUACAUAUUGAAGAGGAGGAAGGUGGACCUAGCACACGCCUUAGGAAGAGAGCUACAAAAGUUGAUGAGUCUGAGGCAAUACCCAAAGAAAAGCAACCUAAAAGGAAAAAGGUGAAGAAUUCCAUGCCUGCAAAGGUUUCAGCUGGCCAUGCUAGAUUAAAGGAUGAGGAGGCAGACGCAUAUUAUCAAUGUGACAUUGAGGGGUGCACCCUGAGUUUUGGGUCCAAACAGGAGCUUGUGCUGCAUAAGAGAAACAUCUGUCCAGUAAAGGAUUGUGGAAAGAAGUUUUUCUCACACAAGUAUCUGGUGCAACACCGUCGAGUCCACGUGGAUGACCGGCCCCUGAAGUGUCCUUGGAAGGGCUGCAAGAUGACUUUCAAGUGGGCAUGGGCACGCACUGAACAUAUUCGAGUUCAUACCGGAGCUCGUCCAUAUGCUUGUGCUGAGCCAGGCUGUGGGCAAACAUUUAGGUUUGUGUCUGAUUUUAGUCGCCAUAAGCGAAAGACUGGCCAUUCAGCAAAGAAAAGAGACCAAUAAACAUUAUGAAUUUAACUCAUUGUUCAAUUGACGGGACUAGGACUAGGUCUAGAUAGAAUUUUAGGAGAUCCCUGCAAUUGCCACUGGGAGUAACUAUUAAUUCUGUUUGCUGGGUCUUUUGCCCAAUUGUUUAUUUCUUCCAUAGUGAAUACUUGGACCAGACAGAUGAUUCUCAACCGAUUAUUGAUCAAUCGUUGCCUCAAUGUUUCUGCA